AUGUCUCGCGCUAUCAUAGGACCUGCUAUCCGAUUCCCCGAUGACUUACCGACUGAACUCUCGAGCAUGCAGGACAUGCUCGACAGCCUCCCCCGGAAGUUUGACGAUCCUUAUGUGUUCCGAGUGCUGAUCUACUUUCUCAGCUCCCUCAUCCCGAAGUCGCAUAGAAACGCCGGAUUAGCUGGCACGGAUCCCUUUUAUAUGUGGAAUUGCCGCCGGCGAGAGCUUGCAGGUAUCGUGACGCAUGUCACCUACCGCGAAAAGCAGGCUUGCAAGAAAGCGUUGAAGAUAAUAGAUCAGCUAGAUCUGUAUUCGACAUAUCGAGACAUUGAAUAUCACUCUAAGAAACUGGUACGAGGAGACCCAAAGUCUCACUCGAACUCCAUUGGAGAGGGUUUCAUCACCACGAACCGGGGGCACGAUUGGAUAAUACGUUGCGCAUACGAGCUCGACAUACCUGACCAGUGGAAGGAAUGGCUAGAGCUUAUGUACGAGAAACAACCGUACACGGCUGUAGAUCCACCACGAUCUCGUCUUGGUCAAAGCGAGCAGUUCUUUCUGGAGACACUGUUGACUGCUACAAAUAUCGAUGGCUUUGAAUCGAUGGUUUCUCUCAUCAAGUUCUGGCUACGGCAGGUACUGACUGUUAUUCAGGUUUGGGACGAGUGUCCGACCAAGAAUCAUUUCAUGCCAUCCUACGACUGGUGCGUAGCAGCCUAUCAGCUGAUGUGGGACCGUCUCAAGAACGAUUUGGUAAAUCCGUUUUCGGAGUAUCCUUACCUGUUGCGACAGGAGGUGCUUCGGAAUAUCAGUUUCAUGAGUGUCUUCGAGCGUUGCUGGAAGUGGGUCAGCUCGACGAACCAAGCUACGCCAGGCGAAGACUUUGAUCCCCUCGAAGUACAACGACGGGUUUACCACCAUAUACUGGCCCUGGUUCGAGACAUGUAUCAGCACCGGAAUCCGAGCACAAACGACGUUCUUAACCAAGCCUUUGGUGGGCAGAACGAACCCCGACCGUAUCUGCCCCUCGAGGAUCAUUGGCUUCGUGUACUCGAGCCCAAACUUCGUGAACACGAAGUUCUUUUCAAUGGCUUAUGCAAAGAGUUCUUUGGCUUGCCAGAUGGAUCUGUGAUCGCAGAUCCAGAUAGAGUCCCUUUCCGCCUUGAAUAUUCCCCGUUCUUGAUCGAGUACCAGGCAGUGGGCGCCCGAAUUGAUAUCACUCAAUUCGUAUCAAUCGGGCAGCCCGCUCCAGGUGACUUGUGUACCUUAUGUCAGAUGCCAAGUGGGAGUCAGAGUGGGAGUCAGAGUCAGAGUCAGAGUCAGAAUCAGAAUCAGAAUGAUUCAGAGACUGUAAACCAGCACGGAGGGAAGAGAGACAUGAAGCUACGAAUAUAA